AUGGCUGCUGCCGAACCUGCAGAUGAGCAACCUGCAAUGCGACGCUGGCAUGACCAUGACUGGGAGGAGGUGCUGGCGGGUCGGGGCACCGCUGAGCGCUACUUCGUGCGCAGCGGCUUGGUGCGGAAGGACCGGCUGCUGGCCUUUGUGCCAAAAGCCCGGCACCCGCCCACCGUAGUGGUCAGAAGCCUUGCAGAGCUGCAGCAGGGCUUGCAGGACCUGGGCGCAGGCAGCGCCGUUGAGGGCAUUCGCUUCGUGCUGAAGAAGGCGCACUCCUCCAAUGCCCAUGGCAUCCGAUUUCUGAGCGAUGCGGACGCCACGGCACUGCAGCUGUGGCCCUUGAGGCUCACAACCUGGCAGCUCGGUGGCACAGCCCAAUCCUGCGAAACGAAUUGGGCAUGA